CAAAAGUUCCACAUAAGCGCUCGGUGGCUGACAACACCGCCAAGAUACGUGGCCCGUGUAUAUUCCGCUGGUCGUGUUCUUGUUUAUAUUUUUUACUAGAAAAUAUCGUGAAAAAACACUCUAUAAGCCGUACGGCUUAACCAACACCAUGAACCCACAAUACCUGCCCCCAGGGCCGAACAACAAUGCACCGAACAACCCUCUCGGCUCCGACUACAACGGAGUCCAAAACGCCAACAUGUAUAGUCAGAACGGGCCACAUAAGCCAUAUGACAGUGAUAUGGCCCAGAAAAUGCAGGGCAUGAACUUGAAUGGCCCUCAAGGCUUUUCUCAGCUGCCACCUGGACAGUUACCACCUGGCGCUUUCCCGCCGACAUCCAAUUUUGGUGGACAGCCUGGAUUCCGACCACCAAGUGCCGGACAGUUGCCGCCGAGACCAAUGCCUGGGCAGCCGCCACAAAGUCAGACUCCUAAUUUAGAAAAUAGGCCAUUCCCCCAAGGGCCGAUGCAAGCAAAAUCACCUAGUCAGCAAGGUCCCGGGCCAAUGCCAAAUCGUCAACCUCCUGGGUCUAUGGGGCCCCAAGGGCAAUUGCCUCCUGGUGCUCAUCCUGGCAUGCCACCUAGUUCGCAACCAGGCCAAAUGCCUCCAGGCCAAGGUCCUCCAAGUCACUUUGGUCAUAUGCCUGGACAGGGUCCACCUGGUCAAUUACCUCCAGGCCAAAUGCCUCCUAGUUCACAAGGUCUGGGUCUGCCGCCUUCAUCACAGGGCCCACCCCAUAUGCCUUCUGGCCCCCAAUCUGGUCAAAUCCCUCCAGGCCCGCAGAGUCAGCCUGGUCAAAUACCAUCACAAGGACCUCCUGGGCAAAACCUUCAAGGUCCAGGACAACCUCCAAGUUCACAAGCACAGUUACCUCCACAUAGUCAACCAGGACCUCAAGGCCCAGGGCUUAUGGCCCCCUCUGGACCUAAACCUAUGCAACCACCAAUGUCUGGGCAACCACCAAUGCCUCAACAACCACAAGUGCCAGGACAACCGCCACUGUCUCAGCAAUCACAAAUGCCAGGGCAACCACGAAUGUCUCAGCAACCGCAAAUGCCAGGUCAACCACCAAUGCCACAGCAACCACAAAUGCCAGGACAGCCUCCGAUGUCUCAGCACUCACAAAUGCCGGGGCAACCAUCUAUGUCUCAACAACAAAGGCAACCGGGCAUGCCACCUUUUGGAGUACCCCAGUUUCCUCAAGGGCAACCACCACAACCAGGGUUACCGCCGCAACCUGGGCAACCGCCGCAACCUGGGCAACCGCCGAUGCCUGGGCAACCUCAAAUGCCUGGGCAACCGCCACUAAUGCCUGGACAACCACCGAUGCCUGGGCAAUCGCCGAUGCCUGGCCAACCACCGAUGCCCGGCCAGCAAAUGCGUCAACCAGGAUUGCCGCCUCAACCCGGUUUACCCCAGCAACCGCCAACAUCGCAAUUUAGCCAGUACUCUGCGUCGUUACCCGGCAUGCCGCACAUGCCGCCCCCAAUGCAGCAAAAGGGACCUUAUGGUCAACCUCCAAUGCCUGGUCAACCCCCAAUGCCAGGACAACAAAUGCCCGGACAACCCCCAAUGCCAGGCCAACCCCCAAUGCCCGGACAACCAAUGCAGCCGAUGAUGGGUCAGCAGAUGGGACAACCCCCAAUGCCCAUGCCCGGUCAACCGCCAAUGCCUGGGCAACCGCCGAUGCAGCAAGGGUAUCAGCAACCGCAAUCCGGAUACCCACCACAAUAUCAGCCCCAAUUCCCAGCUCAACAACCCGGAUACCCUGCCCAGUAUGGCCAGCAACCACAAAAACGAUUGGAUCCCGAUCAGAUGCCAAGUCCCAUCCAAGUGAUGGCGGACGACCAGGCCAGCCGCGGGGGCGUGUUCAGCACCAAUGAGAAGGGCGCGGUGCCACCGCUAGUGACCACUGACUUCAUUGUCGACGAUAAGGGGAAUGCUAGUCCGCGAUUCAUUAGGAGCUCGAUGUACAACGUACCAGUGACCGCUGAUCUGUUGAAACAAACCGCCAUGCCGUUCUGUCUUGUGAUAUCUCCCAUGGCGGAAACGUUCGAGCAGGAGCGGCCGCCGCCCCUGCUGGACUUCGCCGCGCUGACGGGCAGCCCGGCGCUGGGCCCGGUGCGCUGCGCGCGCUGCAAGGCCUACAUGUGCCCCAACAUGAAGUUCGUCGACGCCGGGAGGCACUUCAAGUGCGCCUUCUGCAAGGCUACCACUGAAGUACCCAUGGAGUACACACAGUACAUAAACAGCAUGCAGCAGUACGGACAUCUGCCCGCAGAAAUGGCGCUCGGUGCCUACGAGAUCGUCGCUACUAAAGAGUAUUGUCGAAAUAACACGCUUCCCAACCCGCCCGCCAUAGUGUUUCUAAUCGACGUGUCCUACAACUCUAUCAAGAGCGGCCUUGUCCACACUAUCUGCGAGAACAUACAGGAGAUUAUUGAGGCGAUACCCAAAGACGAGCAAACAGGCAAAAGCUGGACCCGCGUCGGCUUCAUCACCUACAGUUCCACCGUCCACUUCUACAACAUCAAGGGCUCCCUAGCACAACCCCAAAUGCUGUCCGUAGGCGACGUGGCGGACAUGUUCGUGCCCCUAUUGGAAGGGUUCCUAGUGACGCCGGAGGAAAGUGGGGUGGUGCUACAAUCACUGUUACAGCAGCUGCCUAAUAUGUUUGGCGACAACAAGGAGACAGAAACAAUAUUGCUACCGGCCGUGCAGGCGGGUUACGAAGCGCUAAAAGCGGCAGAUACAUCAGGUCAAUUGCUCGUGUUUCACACAACUUUGCCCUCCUACAACGCGCCGGGCAAACUUAUCAACAGAGAGGAUAGGAAACUACUCGGCACGGAUAAGGAGAAACAGAUUACUUCCCCGCAAACGACAGCAUACAACGAGCUAGGCCAGCUGUGCUCGCAAGCCGGCGUGGCGGUAGAACUGUUCGUAUGCAACAACGCGUACGUCGACUGCGCUACCAUUGGACAACUCUCGAGGUUGACCGGUGGAGAGCUACACAAGUACACCUACUUCCAGGCGGACUUGGACGGGCCCAGGCUAGUGUCGGACGUGGUCCGCGCGGUGUCGCGGCCGACGGCGCACGACGCCGUGAUGCGCGUGCGCACGUCCACGGGGGUGCGCGCCACCGACUUUUAUGGACAUUUCUUUAUGUCUAAUACUACUGAUGUCGAGUUAGCGGCUAUUGACGCAGACAAAGCAAUCGGCGUAGAAAUAAAACAUGACGACAAGCUAACAGGCGAAGACGGUGUAUAUAUACAGGCUGCUCUACUUUACACACACCGCAGCGGGCAGAGGAGAUUACGAGUGCUCAAUCUGGCGUUAGGAGCGGCGCCGCAGCUGGCAGAUGUUUAUCGGAGCAUGGAGCUUGAUACGACGCUCAACUUCCUUACUAAACAAGCCGUGUGGGCGCUGCGGGAACACACCCCGCGCCAGAUCCGCGAGGGCCUGGCGGCGCGCUGCGCCAAGUCGCUGGCGGCCUACCGGCGCCACUGCGCCUCGCCCUCCAGCGCCGGCCAGCUCGUGCUGCCCGAGAGCAUGAAGCUGCUGCCGCUCUACACUAGCUGUGUCCUGCGAUCGGACGCGCUAGGGGCUGGCACCGAUAUAACGUGCGACGACAAAUCGUGCGCGAUAUACCGCGCGCUGACCGCCGACGUGUCCACGUCCGUGGUGUACACGUACCCGCGCCUGCUGCCGCUGCACCGCCUGGCGGACGAGCCGGCGCUCGCGCCGCUCAGGGCCUCCAUGGACAAGAUGAAUGACCAAGGGGUUUAUCUAUUAGAAAACGGCGUCCACAUGCUAAUCUGGGUCGGGUCUCAAGCCCCGCUCGACUUCGUACGAGACGUGUUCGACGCGGCGUCCCCUCAACAGAUCGACACGCGUGUAUGCACUUUACCUGAAUUGGACAAUCCGCUCAGCGUGGCUGUGCGAGGCGUAUUAGAAGAUGCGACCAGAUCAAGAAGAAAGGCUAUGAGGCUAACCGUGAUGCGUCAACACGACAAGCUGGAGACCGUCCUCCGGCACUUCCUGGUGGAGGACCGCGGCGUGGACGGCUCCUCGUCCUACGUGGACUUCCUCUGCCACAUCCACAAGGAGAUCCGCGCAUUGCUAUAGCAUUUGUACUAUUAACGCGCUUAAUAGCGCGUAUUACGCACGCGGUGGGUAAAGGUCCUUAUAGUGCGCAUUCAAUUCCAAUCUACAAUGGUCACCUUAACUGAUUAGGUGCAUGUUAAAAUCCAUAUAUAUCAGAACAAACGACUUGACGACAACGUGUCGUGACUGGCGCUGAGUGAUUUAACUAUUAUUAAAUACACGAUAUUUACCAUGUAUAAUACUUUUUCCGUGUUACUCUGUAAAAAUGUUAUUUGUAACAUAUUGGAAACGCAAAAAAAUACCAUGGUAUAAAUCUAGUUUUUAAUUGUAGUGAAUUGAGCAGGCAUUUCCUGAUGGAGGACCGCGGCGUGGACGGCUCGUCCUACGUAGACUUUCUCUGCCACAUUCACAAGGAGAUUCGAGCGUUGAUAUAGCAUUUGUACUAUUAUAAGAUAAGCGCACAGCGGGUGGUAUAAGCCAUUUUAUACUGAACAGUGCGCUUCGAUUUCAAAUAUUACUAUUGUAAGAUUCGCUAAGAUAUCAAAAACUCCAUUGUAAAGACUUGACGACAACGUGUCGUGAUUGACGUAGACUUCUGCCGCAUUACAACGGUUAUUUGUACUAGCUCGCUAUUAGGCACGCAGCGGGUGUUGCCUUUAUAGUGCGCGUUAGAUUUCAACUACUACAAUUGUCAGAUUCACUGCUAAGGUAAGCUUUUAGCGUAUUUCAAUCCGUAAGGGUCAUACAAAUAUAUGGGAGCAUUUAGUGCCAAUAACGAUAUUUUAUCGCGAAAUGGGUAAGGUUCGCUACAAUAACAGGCUACAGACGGCCUUAAGCAAUUAUGUUAGAACUUUUGUCAGUUAUUUUAAUCAAUUGACAUGAAUGAUAAUGACAUGAGUUAUUUUCUGAAGGAAACAUGCAAAUUGUAAUUUUAAAACUGAUUUAGCAUAAUUUGCACACAAUGUCAAAGCAUCACGACAACGUGUCGUGAGUGGAAAUUAUGUAGUUACGUUAAUGCAAAGCAAAUGUAAGUAACUCUGUUAAAACAAAUACAAUUGUCAUAGUUGAAAACUAGAGGCAAAGUAAAAUUAACCUUAUACCCGCCCGUGACAGGCAAAUACCUUACAGGUUAUCGCGCGAUUGACAUUGUGAAUGCGAAUAAGACUUGAUCGUUUGUUAUAUUUUGAAAUAUAUGUACACUGAAUGAAUGAAUGAGAAGUUAUUUGAUGUUAAAACAUUCGUUCAUGUACGACAGUAUGCGUGAUCAUUAACGAAUUAACAAGUAACUAAAAGUUAUUCUUUUUUUUUAUUUCAUGAGUUCGUCAGAAAGAUGUUUUUGAUCUAUAGUAUGUCCUUGAGUGACACACAUAGAAAGGUGUUUAGAGUUACACCAAGCUAACUCUGCAGCGAUGGAUAAAAAGUAGAAUUAUUCUACCAUUAACCGAUUGUGAUAAUGAGGCAUCUAUGAAUCAUAAAAAUGCGGAACACAUAGAUGAAUUAUACCUUUUAACGAGCAACUCUUAUUUAUAUAUUUCGGGGAUCUCGAAAAUGGCGGGAAAAUUUGCUAUAUGGGGGUUUUUGGGGGGGCGAAGAAUCGAUCUAGGUGUUAUCUCUGGGAAAACGUGCAUUUUUGAGCUUUUAUGUCUUCCGAGCAACGCUUGGUCUCCCAGAUAUUUACCUGUUAGGUGUGGUCAAUUUUCUGUGAAAUUAAAACCUUGGUAUAAACUAAUAUUACUUUUUAACGAUAGCUGCAGAAUUAGCUUGGUCAAACUCUAUCUUUAAUCAGUUAUAUCGUGAAUUUGAGAUUCAUUAAAUCUUAAAAUAUCGCAUAUGUGAACCGUGCGAGAACGCACUCUUGCAGUUUGGCUUUCGGCCUCGCAUGCUUGGGCAAUCCAAUGGGACGCCCCGGGCCUUCGGCCCUACGCGGAGUUCGGCCUUUCUUUGAUAAUUCUAAAAUAACGGCCGGUAAAUACGAAUAACUAGUUAUUUGUCAAACAAAAUGUAUUCAUGUACGCCCACCCGUUAUUCCGUCAUAGCUAGGACUUUGUAUUAUAUUUCAUGUCUAUUUUAUGUUAUAAAAUUAAUUUUGUUAAAUUUAUAGAAAUUAUAAUCUUUUACGAACACAACUGUGUAAAUAAAUUAUUGGUAUUAAUUGUUUUGGUUUAUUAUAUCGGAGCGACCAAAAUGCUCAAUAAUAUCUGAAGAUGCACUUUAUCUAGAUAAUAGGCUUAGUUAGUAUAUUUAUGGACACCUUGGCCGCUCCGAAAUAUAUGUUGACCGUAUGUCAAUAUAGGGAAGGCAAACACAUGGUAAUCUUAAAAUAUAUUGAAUACUAUAGUAGGAUAUUGUAAUUAAGUAUAAAAAAAUUUUUUUACGGCCUUCCCUAUGUUUAAUGCUAAUGACGACACAUAUGCGUCAAUGCGGCGUUAAGGCUUUUUUGAGUUAACUGGUAACGGACAGAUUCGAUUCGUAGUGACAUGGCAAUUCUUCCACUUGUAAUAUAAUGUUAGAUCGUAAACAUAGUUAUGUUUAGUCAUAGCGAAAAUAGAAAAGUAUGUUGUUUUUUAUUUUAUGACGAUUCAAACAUAAAAUAUAAAAACAAGUUACCUUACUAAUUUUGUUAUAGUUUAGUGAAAUUAAAUUUGUUUAUUAUUUCUAUGUAUUAUUGAAAUUAUAUUCAAUUACUUAAGAUUAAAUAGGUAUUCAAUAAACAAUUUUUAUAUUA